GUACUUUGAUGCUUAAAUUGGCACUAUAUGCCUAAUUUCUCCACAUAUUAUUGGAAGGACAGACCCCUAAGCAUAGCCUUAUCCAGCACUGCAAAUACCAAAACAAUGCAAAUGAUGAAAUUCAAAACAUAUCACACUGUGUAAGCCAAAAACAUUUGAAUGAAAACACAGGGUGAAAUCCUGGCCCUAUUGAAAUCAAUGGGAUGUCAUGAGUGUUCCCAUUGAUUUAAAUAGGGCCAAGAUUUCAGCCACCAUUUCUAUAUUGGCCCUAUCCUGCAAACCCUUAGCUGAUCAGCUCUUAUGAGCAAUCCCAUUGAUUUUGGUGGGAUUUAUAUGAAUUAAUAUUACUCACAUAAGAGUUGCAUGAUUGGGCCUUAAACUUGUAUUUGUAUCUAUUAGAAUUGUCUUUUCAUUUUUCCCUCUAAUUUCUUUAUUUAGGAAACAGCUAAAACAUGGCCAAAAUGACUAAUUUGGAAGAAGCUGAAGUACAACUUUCUGAGUUAGACCUACUUUCUAGUAUGUUUCCUGAUGAAGAUGAGUUUAUUGUGACUGACCAGUUGGCUGUAGCAGAACUAAAACAUUAUAUUGAUAAUAAGACAUCAGAGAUCCCAUCUUCAAAAGUUCAGUUUAUACUGAAUGUAAAACAAGAGGUUGCUGAUGCCAAUAUGGUAAUGCUUUCUUUAUCCUGUGCUUUACCACUUAACUACCCAGCUGUUCUACCAGAAAUUACUGUCAGGUCACCAUCAAUAAGCCGAUCACAGCAGAUUCAGCUGAACACAGAUCUAAAAACAUACUUGAAGAGAAACUGCAGUGGUGAGGUCUGUGUAUUAAAUGCAAGAGAAUGGGUUAAAGAUCAUGCAGCUGCUUAUAUCGAUAAGGAGCUUUCAUCUUCCUCAGUGACGACAUUGAGGACUAUGCAGUCAGAAGAUGUCAUUUUCACUAGAUUGUGGAUCUAUAGUCAUCACAUCUACAACAAGCAUAAAAGAAAGAAUAUUGUUGAUUGGUCUAAGGAGCUCGCUCUGUCGGGGUUUAGCAUGCCUGGGAAACCAGGUGUCAUUUGUGUCGAAGGCCCACAGAGUACUUGUGAAGAAUUCUGGUCAAGAGUCAGAAGAUUAACAUGGCGGAGAAUUUUAAUUCGCCAUAGAGAGGAUAUUUCUCUGGAUGGGUCACAUGCUGAGAUGCAGAAACAAAGAAAAUUCUCAUCUUUUGAAGAAAAAGUAUUUGAUGCACAUGGUACCAGAGGAAAUCAUAUGGAUCUGGGGCAGCUCUAUCAUUUUUUAGGUGAAAAGGGGUGUGCUGAUGUUUUUCAGAUGUACUUUGGAGUUGAAGGAUGUUAGAUCAGCAAGGAUCCAAUCAAUGAACUUGAAAAAUUAUGUGACAGUCUUGGAUAAAUUAUUCUUUUCCCCUCUGAAAUAGUUGAUCAGUGAGGGGAAUGAUUACUGCUCCUUUAUAAGAUGAAUUCAGUUUUCCAUGAAAACGAAUAUUCUUUUAAAUAAUGAUCUAUAUGAAUGCUUUAAUAUAAAGAUAUUUUUAAGGGAAAGAUAUGAUGCUAAUUACAAAGACAACGACAACAAUAAACCAACAACAGCUUUU